AAACUAGUAAUCACUUCUCCCUUGGUACCGCGCGAACAACAUUAUGAUAUCCUCAAAACACAUAUUCCCUUUAGGUUUCUUCCUUAUCUUCCUCUUCCCUCUCCGACACGCCUCAAACCCUAAAAAAUGUUCAUCUUCUUUUUAUAUACCACAUAGAUGUGGACCCUUAGAAGCCCCCAUCCGUUUCCCUUUAUGUGACCAUGCAGGAUUCAAUCUCCACUGCACCGAUCUCAAUAAGACCGUCCUAGAACUUCCAAUGUCUGGAACAUUUCUUGUCCGUAAUAUCGACUAUUACAAGCAACAAAUUUAUAUCAGUGACCCCGAAAAAUGUUUGGCUAAACGGCUUUUAACGUUCAACAUGUCAGGAUCUCCUUUCUCUAGUCGCUUCAGUAUCUUCUACACGUUCUUUUCUUGUCCUAAUGAUGUCGUCUUGCCCUUUUCAUAUCGGUCCAUUCCUUGCUUAAACAAUUCUACCUCAUCCUUCUAUGUCACGACUAAUUAUGCUUUUGUAGAGAUUAUGUUUCCUUCUUGUCAGAUCGUGAAGAGAUUACAUGUCCCUUCACCGUUUGGAGAAAUAGAAUUCUUGAGUUACGUCGGCAAUGAAAGCCUCAUGCUUGAAUGGCUCUCACCAAAUUGUAGAAGUUGUGAAAUGGAAUACUUGAGAUGUGGGUUCAAGAAAAAGUCAUCCCUCGAAGUCAAAUGCUUUGGUUCUAAAGAACCCGGUAAACUCAAUUGUUUCCCUUGUUUUUCUCUUUUACUUGUGAACCAAGGGAACUCUAUAAAUGGAAUGUAUGUAGAAGAUGCUACCUGUUUUGGUGAAAGGUUUAACGCCAUGUACAUCUUUAGGUCUAGAUAGGCUUUAAUUUCAAGUAAUACAUUACAUAUUAAGAAAGUAGAGGAAUAUCAUAGUAGCACUUAAAAAUUGACAAUUAGGAAUUGGCUAAUCAUUAUUUAAUUGUCUUUAAACAUAUAUACAUUAUAUUAUUCAAUCCAAGAUUUCACCUCAACUACGGAAGUGUUCUCAUUUUAUCAUUCAACACGCUAAAGUCAAAUGUCGUAUUCCGACCAAAACCUUAUUGACACUGGCAGUGGAAUUUGUUUUUAAAGAUGUUUAAUUUAUAUGUUUACAGUUUAUACUGAUAUUCUCAUGAUCAAAAAUGAAUCGACAUGGAUAUCAGAUGAAAAAAUAUAUAUACAUACUCAUAUUAAAUUCAGUUUCAAUCUAAAACUGUACCUCUUAUUCCCCAAAAAAAAAACUUAAACGGAAACCCUAAUCAACCACUUUAUAUUAACUGUCUUAAAAUGACUCGUAGAACAUUAUUUGGCAGGUCACUUGAGUAGUGGAGUGCUAGCCGUAAUUAUAAGUUUCUCCAUAAUCGGAGCAGUCACCCUCUUUGGAACUUGUAUUGCUAUCCGCGUCUACAAUUCCCCAAGACGAGGACAUUCGGCUAUUGCAGCAGCAGCAACGGUACGGCAGCAACCAAGAGAGGUUAUGGCGGCGGUGAGGGGUCUUGACCAGUCUACAAUAGAAACGUACAAGAAAGUUGAGUUGGGACAAAGUAGAAGGCUUCCAGGAACUAAUGGUAUUAUAUGUCCGAUUUGUUUAUCGGAAUAUGCGAGCAAAGAAACCAUACGGUUCAUGCCGGAGUGUGACCAUUGCUUCCACGUGGAAUGUAUUGAUGUGUGGCUCAAGAUUCAUGGUUCAUGCCCUCUUUGUCGGAACUCGCGCAAGUGAAAGAAAGAAUAAUGGACUUGCAGUAUAAAACUGAUUGGAGAAUGAGUAUAAUAACCUCAUGAUCAUUUGUAUUAUAUAGUGUUGGUAACAUUCAUAAUACUUUAGAUGUUUGGAUCCUAACAGGUGCUUGUGUGAAUAAGAAGUGUCUUAGCGUUACAAGGAAUGCCACUGGUUUUGAUAAACAUAUUAAAUGUUUCUAUGAAGUGAGGACAUAUGUUAUGAUUAAAGAUUUAAUUAAUUGAUAUCGUUUUGAUUUUGUCACA